UCAGCUGAUUUGAUCGGGUGACUGUUGAUCGAUCUUACCGAGGCGAAAAGAACUUAAAAGCUGAAAACUGAAAAGCUUCUAUUAUAGAAAUGGCUUCUUUGCUUUUCUGCGGUCCUAAACUGGCAGCAUGUGGACUGGUCCUGAGCAUUUGGGGUGUCAUCAUGCUGGCAAUGCUGGGGAUUUUUUUCACCACACAUUCAGCUGUGCUCAUAGAGGAUGUACCUUUCACAGAGGAAGACUUCAAGGGGGAAGCACUGCAAAACAUCUAUAGCUUGUACAACAAAGUUGGAUACAAUUGCUUCAUUGCAGCAGUAAUCUAUGUUGGCAUAGGAUUCUUGUCAUUUUGUCAAGUUCGCCUGAACAAGCGCAAGGAAUAUCUGGUGCAUUAGUACCACCUAGUGAUUGGAGUACAUCUCUACCUCUGAAUUCCUUUGUUGUGUUUGUAUGUAAUAAGGCUUGAAUGAAUGUAAAUAAUUAAGAAGGAAUAGGAUCAAGUAUUUUACUGUGAUUUUCUUAAUUGCCUUUCUAUCUUGAAGCCUAUCAUAAAAUAUAAGAUGUGUGCUCUUGCCCAUUAUUAUUAUUAUGUGGUACUUCAUUACUUUACCUUCCAUAGUGCUAUUUCGAUCUGUGGUCCUACCAAACACUGCUGAUAAAUGUUUUAAUUGUGAUUUUAUUUAUUCUUAACACACCUAUCAAAUAUACAGUCUCAUUAAGUACACGUUCAAUGGAAUUUCACAUGGUCACAUUGGUUCAGUUUUUACAAUAAAUGACUGAAAAUAAA